UCACGACCCAGGCAAGGCAAAGGAGGAAGACCCUCCAACUCUCGUGAAUAUUCGGCCCACUGUUGCUUCCUAGUCCUCCAUUGUUGAAGGAGGAGGAGGCCUCCAUUACCAUUACCCAGAAAAUGUCAGUAGUUACUGAUAAAAGGCUAAGGAGAGGAAGCCCGCCAUGGUCUGAUCUUCCGUAUGACAUAUUGUGUUGCAUUAUGGGGCACCUUUGUUUUGUGGACCAAAUUCAAUUUCGUGCUGUUUGCAAGAAUUUUGGACUGGUUGCUGGUAUUAGGCCUAAAGAUAAACUGCCCUGGGUUCUAACAUUAAACUUCAGUUUUAAAAAUUAUAUGUACCCAUCUAGCCUCUAUGAUCCAUGUACCCUUGAAGCAUAUAAGCUUGAUCAUGAAUUAACAUCUUCUAGCUGGAGUGGGGUUGUCAAACUACAAGUUUGCGGUGCAAGAAACGGUUGGUUGCUUCUAGCUGAAAUUACACCAUUUUUUUUCUUUGGUCACACUGAUUUUUACCUCUACAAUCCUUUCACUGAUGAUGCGAGUAUCAAUUUGCCCCGUUUAAGAACCAAGGAAUUUAAAGCCACAUUCACCUCCAAUCUGACAUCCCAAGAUUGUUUGUUUUUUGCCAUACAUGCUGAUGAGGAAAGAGAGAAAGUAAUGUGCAUAAGCACCUGCAGCCAUGGUGAUAGAAAAUGGACUGAGUCUCUAGCUGUUGAAGGUAAUUUGAAGCAAGUAAUUGGUGUGGUCUAUAUCAAGGGCAUCUUUUACUGUAUUUUCAAAACUGGAAUGCUAGGUUCCUACAACCCUGCUACCAAAAAGUGGAGUUUGCUUAUUUCAGAAAACACGAAUUCAUCGGAGUUACGAAGCCUUGCAGGCUCUUUUGAAGCUAGAUUUGUUGAGUCCGAUGGAGAAGUGUUACUAGUAUACUCUAAGCGGAGCUAUAAGCCUUGGCACAUUUUCAGGCUGGACUGGUUGCAAAUGACAUGGGUGAAGGAAGUUAGCUUGGGUAACAGAGUAUUAUUCCUUGGUGAUAUUUCAUUCUUGAUUUCUGCAGAUGGGGAAAUAAAGGAUUUGUCUGAUCGUAUCUAUUAUCAUGGAUUUAGGAGAUCGUACUUCUACCCAAUCAAGUCUGGGAUUGGCCAAAUCCGCAGCCAUUCGUUAAUACGCCAGUCCUGCAAACAUUAUGAGGACCGCAGCCCUCAUAUGCUCAGAGUUUGGAUUGAACCACCAAGUCUGUAAUGAUAUGUGCUACUACAGGUAUCAAUGAAGUGCAGCAGAAUUUUAGAAUUCAA